AUGAAGCUUUUCCUGUUAGCUGCUCUGUUUGGGUGGGCAGCUGCCCUCAAUGAUCACAAGAUUGUGGGCGGCUAUGAGUGUCCCAGAAACUCAGUGCCUUACCAAGUGUCUCUCUUCACUGGAUACAACUACUGCGGCGGGACUGUUCUGUCUAACGAGUGGGUGCUCUCAGCUGCACACUGCAAAUCAAAGUCUAAUGUAGAGGUGCGUUUGGGGGACCAUGACAUCUUUGAGGAAGAAGGGACAGAGCAGUACAUUGUGUCUGCCAAGUUUAUCAGGCACCCUAACUACAACCCACGCACCAUGGACAGUGACAUAAUGCUGAUCAAGCUGAGUAAACCCGCUACUUUCAACAGCUAUGUCCGCCCCGCCGCCCUCCCCACCUCCUGUGCUGCAGACGGGACAAUGUGUCAAGUGUCAGGAUGGGGCAAUAUAAAGUCCAGCAAUGAAGGCUCACGUUACCCGCAUAAGCUGCAGUGCCUCGAGGUGCCUCUCUUGAGUGAUGACACUUGCUUCAAUUCCUACCCUUUUCAAAUCACAGAGAACAUGAUUUGUGCUGGCUAUCUGGAGGGAGGCAAAGACUCCUGCCAGGGCGACUCUGGAGGUCCCUUGGUGUGCAAUGGCAUGCUGCAGGGAGUGGUGUCAUGGGGUAAGGGCUGCGCUCUCAGAAACAAGCCUGGGGUCUACACUAAAGUUUGCAAUUACGUCUCCUGGAUUAAAAAUACCAUGGCUUCUGGCUGA